AUGGUUUCUUCAGAGAGUCUCAGAACAAAGACAGGUGCAGUUUGGAAGCAAGGUGAGGCACGAGGCAGAGGAAGGGUCUGAGCGUCACACAGAGCCGAGCAUCGCAUUGGAUGCGGAGGCAGAAGGUGUGCUGCUCUACAUGUGCUGCUGCUGCUGCUGCUGCUGCUGAGAGCGCCCGUCAGUCGCUCGCUCGCUCGCUCACCUGCCGCCAGUGUCUCUCCGGUCAUGGACUAGUGCAGCACGGUAGUUUGGCACAUGACGGAGAGGAACGGGAAGCUCGGUUGUUUUUCCAAGCCAAAGGACUGCCAUCUACCUCGCUGCCUUCGCGACCGCUGUAGCGUAGCUUAAGAGCCGUUCGUUAUUUAUGUUUAUUUAUAUUUAUUUAUAACGCGCGCGUUUCGUAUCUGCAUUGCACUGCAUCUGGCGCCCCGAUGCUUUUACAUCAGUUCGUGAAUGGGACGCUGGAAGCGAUGUAUCCCAGCGUUCAGAAAGACACGACUUUCACCAAGAUCUUCGUGGGCGGCUUGCCGUACCACACCACGGACGCGUCGCUGCGGACUCACUUCCAGACCUUCGGCGACAUCGACGAAGCCGUGGUGAUAGCGGACCGGCAGACGGGCAAAUCCAGAGGAUACGGCUUUGUGAAAAGUCAGGCAGGUUUGGAACCUAAUGUAACUCUGUCAUCAUUUGCUCACCCUCAUUUCUGGGUGAACUCUCAGAAGCAGAUGUCAAUCUCUUGUUUUCCUCGUGUUGUCACAGGAUACUCGACUGGAGUACAGCAGGUUCAUCCAGCCCUGAUCCAGAGGCAGUAUGGACUCAGCCAGCCGUAUGUUUACCCUCAGGCCUUCCUGCAACCCAGUCUGGUUCUGCCCGCACAGGUCACCUCCAGUGCCACGACCCCUUACCUUGACUUCAGCACUGCCUACACUCAGUAUGCCUCCUCAGCCUUCGAGCAGUAUCCCUACGCCCCCUCGCCAGGCUUCCUGAGCUACAUGUACCCUCCAGGCACCCCCGGGCCCUCCUCUGCCACAAACACCCCGGUCCCCACAGCCCUCCCCUCCAUCGGAGGAGCCCCCAGCGCAGCCUUCAUCCAGAUCCCUCCUCACCAGCUCCACGCUGACCGCCUGUAGAUCAGGCCACAGGGAGCCACUGAACUCUGUUUUGGUCUGCUGAACGGACAAAAGAAAGAGUAUUGUGACAGAUGUCGGUGGUUGCUUUUGGUAUCACUCCACAAAUGACACUACAGGACAAAAUGCCAGCAGGAAAACUUGAGAAAAGUCUUGACUGAUGGGACGUUCGAACAGCACACGUUGACAUAUUGCCAGGACAAUCUGUUUGUUUUCACAAGAACAGUGUUGUCAUUAAUCUGCCCUGAGACACUCCACUCAAAAUAAGAAAAUACCUUCCAGUGAAAGCCAUAAGACCAGAACAUGCAAAACAUGUAAUAAAGUCAAUUUGCAAAAACUGA